AUGGAGACAGGUCGGCAAGUCGAAGGCAGAAUCCAGCAGCAAUUGCACGACGAGUGGGUGGAGGAAGAGAAAUCCGCAGCUAGACGGUCCUGGCUUCACGGCUACGGAAUCGGCCGCGCAUGGUCGAUUCCGUUCGACAGAGGCCAAGAAGAAGAGUACGCGCGACGAUGGCCAGCCGACGACAGUACCGAGUCGGAUAGUACCGAGUCGGAUAGUACCGAGUCAGACAGCAACGAAGGAUCAGACGACGGCGACGAGCCCAUUCCAGCCAACGACACCCUUUACAACUGGCUCAUCCUCCUCUGGUUCCUCCUCGUCUCCCUCCUCUUCAUAGCAUGCAACCUCCGCGACUACGCGAACAUGCCGCCGCCAACCCUACUGCAAGGCUGGUCCCCUGACUGCGCCCCCGUCUGGCUGCACGCCACAUCCCCUGACCGCAUGCUUGCGGGCUACGACCGGCGCUACCCCGACGUCACCCCGCCCUUUGCGCUCGUCCAUCAGCGUUACAAAGCAAGCCAGCGCUGUUGGCACGCUGACCGCAACAGGAAGCACACUGCUAACGCGCUGCACGUUGUGCUCCCCACGGCCAACGGACGGGAAUACGUCGACAACGAGAACAAUCUCGCCAUCACGCGGCGUCUCGACCACGCCUUGUCUAUGCUGACAGACUGCCGUGGAUUCCCCUGCAAGGGCAUCUUCAGCUCGGAGGCGUCUUUCGAGCGGUGGGACUGGCUUGCUCGGCCGGACGAUAAUCUCCCCGUGCAAGGCACGAGUUGCACGCGUUGUCGUCUGCGCGACGCCGUCAAGCAAGUCCUGCACGCUGCCAUCGACCCCAGUUUCACUGACACCUACAUGGCCGCGUAUCCCAAGACAUGGGCGGACCUCGAAUCAUACUGCCCAUGUGACCUGUCCACGGCAUGGGCGGCGCUUGUGCAAUUCCACGCCCACGUCCCACAGCCCUUCGCCAUUCACCCCUUCUACACGAGCCGCGACUCGAGUCUCUACGCACACAACGACCCGUAUAGCUGGUACCUGUGGCUGCGGGGCAACAGCUUCUUCUGGCCCUGGCGACGCACGAAUAUAAACGAGCUGAGCGACGACGAAUUUAUGUCUCUUCAUGUUGCCGGAUACUGGGAUGCAUUUAUGCCUCGCAUGGCCGGGCGGAGGGACGUUGGUGGGAGAGAGGUGAGGCGGCAGCGCGGCGUUGCCCUGUCAAGGGGGAUGAAGCGGAUGAUCGAGGAAGAGUGUGGCCGGUAUCCUCCGAGGAAGGGGGAUGAUUUGGGGAGGGAGGACUGCUUUGACAUCAUAUUUGCCCACGCCACACUCCCAUCUUCAGUUCCCCUCCAUACAUCUAGCCCGACUCCACUCAUCCUGCUCAUCUCCAUUGCUCCAGCUUAUCUCCAUCCAUCCAACCCAAACCUUCCGCGCAAAGCAACCUACCAUGACGUCCCCCUCGUCUUUACAAGCCAUCCUCACCGUCCUCGCCCUGACAGCAAUCUACAUUUUUUUGACAUAACCCACUAUCAAAACAACACCUUCACGCUACGCGCCGCACGGACAGCACUCCUCCGCCUCAUUGGCAUCCCCUGGCUCCCUAUCCUCGUGCUCGAGCCGUUAGGCGCCGCAGUCGCGCAUCGCAAGGUGUUGGGCGUUGUGGUGGUGUGUAUAUGGAGCGUAGCGGUGGCGGGCGCGCUGGUGUGGAUUCCGCGCACGGUGGACUGGGAUCUCGGUUUCGAUUCGGAAGAGGUGGGAGUUGAGCCGGUGAAGACGACGACAACGACGACGAUGACGACGAUGAUGACGAUGAAGACAGCGAUGUGGGUGCCCGAGAGGGAGGACCUGAGUUCUGUGGUAGGGACGGUGGUGCAGAUGAGUGCGCCUGUGACGUCGGCGGAGGGGUGGUCGAAUGAUGGCGAGGACGAGGAGGGACGCUUGAAUGACGGGGCUGACGGAGGUUGA